UUUUCAUUAUUAUUUUAUUUAUAUACCAGUAUUUUUUUUUUUUAAAAAUCAUAUUAAAUAUUAUUCUCUCAUUAUUUAUUCAUUUUAUUAUUUUUUAAAACUCAUAUUAAAGUUAAAUACCAAAUACAGUUCCUUGCGGGGGCUGCUAGCAUACACAUAGAGCAGAGAUGUGGAGCUAACUUGAGGAGCAAUGCAUGUUGACACACAGAGGUGGCCAAGGGUGGAAUUGAACUGCCUGCGUGCUAACCACUCGGCCAGCGUGCAGCCCGCAGUUGAACUUUAACAGUCAUGCUGAAACGCACACGAGCGGUUCUCCAGCCGAUUGGCCAACGUUCAUGAGCUGAUGAGUAGCUUUGCUAGCAGUAUUUGGCCUGUUGGGGGGGGGCAAAUGGAGGGACACGUGUUCCCUGACCGACCUGUUGUCUUGUCACUGCAAGACCCGACCUCACACAAGGACGCUUGCAUAACACGGUUGCUUCAUCCUGCUGCCUCAUGAGAAGCAGGAAAUGCUGAUCUUGCAGCAGCAUCACCUCGCCAUUUUGUCACACGCAAACACGGCCAGGUAUUUGUGACAUCAAACGUCAAGGACCAAUGGAGGAAUGGCGUGUGGUCCUUCUAUUUCCUUUGCUGUCUGGGAUGAUCAGAUGCUGGGGUGCAGAGUAAUGUGUGUGACCUUCAGCAUGAAACCCGUCAGGUAAAGAGCGUUCCGAUGGUAAAGAGCGUUGUGAUGGUAAAGAGCGUUGUGAUGGUAAAGAGCGUUGUGAUGGUAAAGAGCGUUGUGAUGGUAAAGAGCGUUCUGAUGGUAAAGAGCGUUCUGAUGGUAAAGAGCGUUCUGAUGGUAAAGAGCGUUGUGGCAGCCUGGGAUUUGAGGACAGGCAGAGGUCGGUGGUAGAUCCCGUAGAUCCCGUGCCUUUACGCCACCUUUCACACCGUCUAACGGCUGGUGUUUUCCAGCCACCCAGUUGUUGGGUUGCUAAUCUUUUGGCCGCCAAGCCCCCUUGGGUGGGACCACUUCCUAGACCUGGCGUGACUUCCAGUCUGGGUGAAAGUGAGACAAUGAAGCGGCGUUUCCUCUGCAGUCAAGAGGUCCAGUCAGCUUGGGCCGGGCUCACAUGGAACCCAUGGCUGUCAAAGACCUGCAUAGACCUGUCUAGACCUGUAUUCUCAUGUCCUGCAUUGGGUGCUCUGCCUGCAACGCCUGGUUGGUGUGCUGAGCCCUUCAGCAGAUGUGCAGGCAUGGGACGUUUGGGAAAAACCUAGUGUGUUAUAUGAAGGUUCUUCCAGGGGGGAAAACCCAAAAAAGUCAAAGCCCGGCUGUUGGACUGCUGAGUGUGUUCUGUCUUGGGGGGUGGGGGGGGGGCACUAACUGUUUUACUGUUUGACUCAGUCUUUGUCGUAGUAUAAUAGUAUUUGUUCCAUUUGAGCACCCCCGUCUUAUUACUGCGUCUGAGCGAAGCCUGAGCGUGUGGACCUGUAGUUACGUCAUAUCCCUAGAAAGACAAGCAGCCCGCUAAUGCGCUAAUGUGCCGUGGCUUGUGCACCCAAGGGCAUGAUGGGAGCUUUGACUGGCGUGUCAUGUGGCUCUUAAACAGCACCUCUACUGUAGAUUUCCAUUCUGUGUAUUGUAGUCACAUCCUCUAUGACGGGGGCCUCAAAGUGCUAAGCGCUAGGUGCUAGGCGCUAGGUGCUAGGUGCUUGGGCAGAGAAAGAGCUGUGUUGAUGCUGAAGCUCCUGGAGUUAUUCCCUCAUGCACCUCAUACACGCACACUUCCUGUGCAAACAUGGGCGCCACCCCAAACAUUUUCUCUGCCACCCCCGCCCCUUUCCUUCAGCAUAUUCCAUGACCAUCUUCCCCCGCCUUCUUCUCAACACACAGCACCUUUUAUCCUGUGUACCUCUAUUCUUUUAGCAUAGCUAGCUAAAAUGGCUUUCUCCUCUUUUCACAGAACUCUAUUCAUUUCAUAUUCAUUUCACAAGAGAAUAUAAUAUCACAUUCUUUCCAUUUUAAUACAACCCCUGGUCUCCUGCAUGGAGUCACCUGACCACAUUAUGUGGACACUUCCAUGUGCUGCCAGCAGGUGGCAGCAUUGAUAGGACACCGGGUGAACGUUGCAGCACUCCUGCGGUGCACUGGCUCUCGUCCUCCCAAGGUAACGUUUUGCUUUGGUCCACAAACGUGGUGGACUUUAUCAGCAGCUGGGAAUGAAGACGGAUCAGCUCAUUUUCUCCCUCUUCCAAGGUCAUUGUCCUAGUGGACAGCAUACGCCGUGCACACGUUCAAAUGACCUCUCGGGAUCUCUAUUGAUCAGAGAGCGGUCGAUGUGAUCUUGUGAUCAACCCAUGACAUCAAUACGCUGACCCUGCUGGAGACCCGCCGCCAUUAGCAGGACAGACCUGCCGCCAUUAGCACUCCUCUUUUACUGUCGCUUUUGGCAAGCAUCUCAUAGCUGACCUUGCACAAGCGCUGUGUGUGUGUGUGUGUGUGUGUGUGUGCGUGUGCGUGCGUGUGCAUGUGUGUGUGUGUGUGUGUGUGUGCGUGUGCAUGCUCUGAAAGUUGACAGACAAGUGUUGGAGUGGCCGGGUGUGAAUUCUGGGAUGCACCCAGACUCUCCCUGGUUGAGGAAUGCAGUGGGGAGGAGUGCAGUGUGCAUCCGGGGCAUGCUGUGACAGCCUCCCACACUGAUCCAGACUGCAUCACCCCCCACCCCUCGUCAAACUGCCUCCACUCCGGCCCAUUCCUGGAGAUACGAUAGUGCUUCAUCGCUGUCAUAUUGUCUUCAAAUGACAGCUGUUUCUAUUUCAACUAUUUCUUGGAAAUCUUAUUUUUGUAGUUCUGACUUUAUUCACUUUUUUCUCGUAACAUUAAAACUUGUUGCCCAGCCAAUCUUCCAAAAAUGACAACUUUAUUUGUUGUUUUGUCAGUCUUUCAAAAUAUUAGGGCAUCUUUUUUUCCUUCGUAUUUUAACUUUCCCUCACAGUAUUACCUUAUUUUUCUCUCAAUAUUUAGAUUUUAUUCUUGUAAAAUAUAUUCAUCUCAUAGUAUUUCAACGGACCUAUUUUAACUUUAUUCUCUUAUUUGGACACCCCUGAGUUAGCAGCAGCCAUGGAGAGUUCUACACAUGGAGACGGGGAUAUUUCUCAUGAGCGGAUGCCAGAAACGGUUGCGACUGGUUCAUGACUGGAGAGGCUCGCUCAUUGGAGUCUUCCAACUGAAUGCGUUUCCUUUCUGUCAAACAAGAAGAAGCCUAUCUCUUCCAUCUGCUCUUCAACUGGUAGCUCUUCUUCUGGCGCUGUGAUCGGGGUUCCAUGGCAUGUCUCCGCAUGCAGCCCUUCCCUGCAGGAAUGCGGAGUGAAGGCAGGGAGACGGAGAGGAAGCAUGAGGCGGACCAAUGCCAAUACUCCUACCAAAGUAGGAGUGCUUAGGUUUGGUAAACGGACUGUUCACAACAACUUGACAUUGUUUGCGUCUGCUUGGUGUGCUGUUCAGCGCCUGGAGCCCAAUCAUCUUAUCUCUUGAACAUGCUUUUGUUGCUGUUGCCGUUGGAAGUCCAGGUCGUGGGUUGAGUGGUGAAACUUGUUUCCCUUGUUCCCUUGGCCUUGUUGACCUAUUCAGACCCAUGAGAGACCAGGGACUCCAAAGACCUUCAGUGUGCACUGUUUUUUCUGGCUAAGACCUUGCCUAAACACACUGCCCACGCCCAGAAUGCAGCCCCCAGCGAUACCAUGGGGGGGGCUACGUUUGCACAGAUGAAUUUGGGAUGAUUUGAUGAUUCCGUGCUUUCAUUUUAGCAUGCUGUCCAUUGACUUAGCAUAUGGCUAGGGUCUUAUCGCCUAGGCAACUCAAAUACGCUCACACUGCAAAGCUCAGGUACAAUGUUGUCAAAAACAAUCCCUGCAAAGGGAAAGGACCAAGGACCAGUAGCACUUCAGUGCAGAAACCAGUCUUUUGGUCCUGUAUGGUACAUCUCAGAUAUACACAUAUGGAAGUAUCAUUCAUUCAUUCUUUCUUUCAUUUUCUACCACUUAUCCUCACGAGGGUCGCGGGGGUGUCUUGGGGAGAGGCGGGGUCCACCCUGGACUGGUGGCCAGCCAAUCCCAGGGCACAUAUAGACAAACAACCAUUCCCGCCCACAUUCAUACCUACGGACGCAACCAGAAGUGUUACACACAUCAUUGUGUACAAUAACAAUGAAUGUGUCCUUGAAACUUCCACGGUGUGACGAAUGUGUGCAUUUCCAAACUCCCAGAGGCUGUUGGCGUAUAAAAGAAAUGACCAAAGCAAGAUGGCUGCAAAGACUUGCUGAACUCUUGCUAAUGUUGCAAGGGUCUGUCAUUGCGGUCUAAAUUGUGAUUGGCUGCUACGUCCAUCUGCAUCUGAUCCAGUUGUGACUCAUUAGCUCUUGGUCUGGAACCAGAGUGGAAUGUCCACUUUCAUACCCAACCUGUCGGGCCAGCCAGGCACAGAAGAGAAGAAGAAGAGAAUGCAGAAGGGCUAGCGACCAAAAAAGGCUUUCUUUUCAUUUUUAUUCCGACGGUUGCUAAUCUCCUCAGCUUUUUAGCCCUUUAAGUAUGAGGUGUCAAAGUCUUUCAAUCACGUCUCACUGGAUCCGGAAAAGCCUUUAGACGUUGGUUUUUAACAUUCCAUGGCAGCGUAUUCAUUUCAACACACGCCUCAGGUCUGUGGCGCUGUGACGUCAAAGGCAGUAAUGAUUUGAAUUGCUCACAUUUCUUUUUCCACUGCUCUUUGUUUUUCUUGUACUAUAUGCUUGGCUGAGCCCUUGCUGCUGUUUUGCGUGCGCCACAAUACUUUGGUCACAUCAACGGAUAUGACUCGCUCAUAAUACACUUUUUUUUUUACUUUGUGUUCCAAUAAGAAAUAUAUUAAAUUCGGUUAAAAUUAAAACUAGAAAAAUCUUGCAGGAAUUUUGAUGGCCAUGCCUUGUGUUGUGACCCUCUGGCCUAGCAUUUUUAUAGUGUACCUACAUCAUACCAUCAGCAUUUUGACAUGAGUAUAAUAGCUAAGAUGCUGUCAUGCUAACAGUGAGCAUCCAGUAGUGAAAGUGUCAAGCCAUGGAAAAAUGUGUUAUGGUGCCAGGCCUACGCCAAUACAAGUACUGGUGUAUAUGUGUCCUGUGAUCGACUGGCAACCGGUCCAGGGCGUACCCAGCUGUCAUAGGCUCCAGCUCACUGGACAGGCGGUAGAAUGGAAUGCAUGUUCUUACAUUAUAAACUACCUUAGCUCCACUUCCAUGCUAAGUUGGAAAGCACCACCAAACAACCCCCCCUUGCCUUUCACCACAGCUAUCACAGCAGGAGUCCAGGAGCACUGCAGCUCCACCCACCAAUAUGUCUCCCACCCUUCCCCGAUCUGGUCAUGCAGCGAGGUGCCUGUGAGUCCCACGGUCCCUUGGAUUCUUUCAGAUCGUCUCAUUGGAUCGCAGAGGGGCUUUUAGACCCAAACAAACGGCGCCUCAGAGGGUCCAGCAGUAAUUAUUCUCCACUGGCAUGUCUGCAAACACACACACACCUCAGAUUGCACCCUCUCUGGCCCAAACAAGCACCCUUCCUCAAGGUCUUCCUUAUCUUCCUCUCAGCUUCUUGUACCACCCGCACGCAUGGAAUGCACAUAGCUGAUCCCAAAGAUUAGCGCGUCUUUGGGCUGCUCUACUUUUCCUCACUCUUGCAGCUGUGCCAUCACAAGUUUUGUCUGAAUGGACCGCAGACAAAACCAACACCGUGAAAACUAAAGCAGGCAGGGACUAAAGUCAUGACAUUCAACAUCGUGAAGGCUCCCUGGUAUUGGCAUCGUGGUAUACGUAGGCCCCGUGGUAUAGGCAUCGUGGUAUAGGCAUCAUGGUAUACAUAGGCUCCGUGGUAUAGGCUCCAUGGUAUAGGCAUCGUGGUAUACAUAGGCCCUGUGGUAUAUGUAGGCUCCGUGGUAUAGGCUCCGUGGUAUAAGCUCCAUGGUAGGGUUAGGUCCAAAUCUUUAAGCCACGCCGUGAAAUAGUCUUGUCUGAAAUGGUAAAGCACGUGUAUUUAUUGGUGCCAAUCUGGCUAAGUGUUCUAUCGGUCAGCCUCUGCACACGUCGCUACUGACCCUCCAACCAACUGUAACGUCCGUGCUCGUCAUGAAGGAAGACGAAGUCACCCAUGAAAUUCCAACUGCAGAUGGAAGAUAUUUUUAUGACGCUCUUGUUUUGUUUACGGAAACAGGGGCAGACGGCGCUCUUAAUUUGAAGGACGGUCCAGGAAGUGUGUUCAGUGUGUGGAGAAAAUGGAUUUCCAUCUGAGACGAGCUGCGUUGGAAAUAAACGCGCUUCUGUUAUUUUUCCCAUCUUCCUGGGACAUUGUAAACGCUUCCUUGCCCUAAAGAAGUCAAACACAACGUGGUGAAGUAGACUAGCAGCAGGGAUGUACUUUAUUUGGAUCUGGUUCUGGCGUGUUAGCUGCAGUGCUUUUAACUGAUUCUUUCUGCCCCAUUGCUUGUCUUUCCGUGUUAUUUUAGGAGCAGAGGGACAUUCACUAUUGGCCUGGCGCCUUAACCUGUUGCUGUGCAGUCACAACAGUUGGCCCAAUACUUAGUCUGAUUUUAUAACCGUGGAUGACGUGGAGGGGAAAUGGACGUCAGUGUUCAUGUGGAGGAACACAAACACUACAGCGAUGCUAUCCUGUACACAAUAACUCCUUUUAUUGGCGUGUCAUCCUCGUACUGAUUUACCACCUGUUGCUACACUCCAACCACACUCCAACCUCCACGUGGGCGGGCUUUGACGUCACCGCCGCCCACCGCACGCUCCGCUUUCUCUGAUUGGACGGAGCUCGUCCGAGGAGGCGGGCUUUGUCGAGCAACGUCUUGUGAGAAAGUUUGGCUUCUUCAGUUGGCCGACUCUCAGCGGAAUACGGAGGGAGGGGGGCGAAGCUGGCCCGCCUGAAUCUGCAACAAUCUCCCUGAUAUGAGCGAUGGUCGGCGAUUAUUGUUCUUUCUCUGGGGAUAAGACGGACAUGCACUCCCAGAGAAACUCUAAAAACGGACUAAGCUGCAAAAUGGUGCUUCAAGCGGUCGGCAAAGUUCUCAGGAAGUCCAAGACAAAACCAAAUGGGAAGAAGCCUCCAGCAGAGGAGAAGAAGCAGUACCUGGAGCCCGAAUUCACCAAGAUCCGGGUGGUGGACUCGGACCUUAAGGAGCUGGUGGUGCUGCCCAGGGAGAUCGACCUCAAUGAAUGGCUCGCCAGCAACACGACGACGUUCUUCAAUCUUAUCAACCUGCAGUACAGCACCAUCUCCGAGUUCUGCACCGGGGACGGCUGUCAGGCCAUGACGGCGUGCAACACGAUCUACUACUGGCAUGACGAGAAGGGCAAGAAGACCAAGUGCACGGCGCCCCAAUACGUGGACUUCGUCAUGAGCCUUUGUCAGAAACUGGUCACGGACGAGGAGAUCUUUCCUACCAAAUACGGCAAAGAAUUCCCCAACUCCUUCGAGUCGCUGGUGAAGAAGAUCUGCCGGUACCUGUUCCACGUGCUGGCGCACCUCUACUGGGCGCACUUUAAGGAGACGGUGGCUCUGGAGCUGCAGGGCCACUUGAACACUCUCUACGCACAUUUCAUUGUUUUCGUAAGGGAAUUCAACCUGGUGGACCCCAAGGAGACCUGUAUCAUGGACGACCUGUCGGAAAUCCUGUGCACCCCGGCCCCGCCGCCCUCGGCCACGCCCGCCCCCUCCGCCCUGGCCUCGGCCUCCCCUUCCUCACAAAACCACGUGACGGAGAGAUGAGCUGGGGGCGCCGCUGAGACGCCAGCACGGGAGCGAUAGAAGCCAGAAGGAGACGAGGAGACAAGGAGACAAGGAUAGACGGCCCGGCCGCCGUCCUCGGUGGGCCGGCAGGACUUUAGAGACCUUCCGCUACACUCGUGUAUUUCGCUGCGACACCAACCGACCAGUCAGAAGGAAAUUGGGGAGGGGGUUGUUUUUUUGUGGGUGGUGUUAGUUUGGGGUUUGUCACGCCAGCAGGAAUUGGCGUGAACGUUCCCCCCCGGGUCCAAAUCCCUCGCGUUUUCUCUGCAACUUCAACUAGGAACAAAAAACCUGGGCUGUGUUUCAUUUCUUUGCUUUCAUUUCACUUUGACUUUUGUUGGCGACUUCCUUUGGUUUGGUCUACUCGUCGGGUGGGUCGGCAGCGUGGCUGCUGGCCCCCCUCACCCCUCCCCGCGGAGCCCGCCCACCAGUGGAGGGUCUUCCAGGGUCGGGGUGAGGUCCUGCCCAUCAGAUGAGAAAGACUGGCGGCUGCAUCAUCCUUCAGACCCCCACCGGGACAAAGACGUGACGUCAUGUCUGCGGGGUGGGGAGGGGGUGGGGGGUGAGACCGGCUGCCGUGCACAUUUUAUUUUCCACUUCCUUUUUAAUUGUUUUUUUUUUUUAAAGAUCAACAAAGGAGAAAUCAUUUGGGCAUAAUUGAAGCGCGACGCUUAGAAAGACGAAAACACAAGCGGCUUCUGUGUGGACGACCACGGAGUUUAUAUUUGUCCCUUUUUAAUUUAUUUGUAGCUUUUUUCUUUUUUGCAGGGUUCUUCAGUUCUGGCUCGUUUUUAUGUAUUUUAAUUAUUAACUAAGUUAAAAGCAAUUUAAUAUUUCAAACUCUGCGGAUUAUAAUCUAAUAAAAGAGAGAAAUGCCAA